AUGGCCAGGAUGCAAACACCAAUCGGUGAUGGCGAGAAGUCAUUGGCUCAGGUUAACGACGAGAACAUGCCAAGCGACAAAGCAAAGGUCAACAUGUUGAUAUCUCCAGGCGACUCUGACAAAGAAAACUGGAGUCCUGAUGCCGACGGCAACCCACGCCAGAUGCCGCCACUUUCUGAUGUCAGGAGGCCACUGCCGACAACCGCCAGUAGCAAACCCAAUGCGAGACGCACGGGACGGGUUCUUCAAGACAAUUCUGUGCCCGCCACCUUUAGCGGCAACCGUGCCAGGACGAUGCCUGCUAUGGGACGUCGAGAUUCUGGGAAAGAUCUAACCAUCUUUGAAGAUGGACGAAGUUCGCCUGCACCGAAAGAGACAGAAGAAGUGGAAAAGUUCAUGCGCGGCGGAGAAGUCAGUCCAAGUAAGAAGGGAGACAUGGAUUGUAUUGCAGGCCUGCUCUCUCUUAGCCAAGGAGCCUGGAGGUAG